GGAUUGUAUAUAUAUCAUAUCGAUUGACGGAUUAUCUUUUUCUUUUGGUGGCAUUCGUUAUUUUUGGGUUUUUGAUCAUCUUUUUGCUGAUUGCUCUUUGCUCUUCCAUUCGACCUGAUCUGAUCUGAUUCCCCUUUCGCAUUCCAGCAUAUAUCAUGAAAACUUCACCAUUGGCAAGCCUGGUGGCUUUGAAUACCAUCACGCAUGCACAGACAGAUGCAAUUUCCAUGCCAAUCCGUCUCUUGUAUGGGUCGUUGAAUAAAGUCACCACGCCGGUUAUGGUGGGGAGUGGCAAUGAAGAAAUUGGGCAGAGUAUUGAUGUUGUGGUUGAUUAUGGGAGUGCGGAUUUUUGGGUUUUCGCUCCAAACGCAACCGUAAACUACGGAUCCCAAUAUCUUGGAUUCCCCGGUGCGUGCAACACCACUCCCUCAUUCUACUACCACCCCGACAACGCCACGGUCUCCAACUUCUCCGGAUCCUAUUCCUACGGUGGGAAUUCCAAAAUCCUCGACGCUACCCAUGCCGUAAACGAUACUCUCUAUUUCUCAUCCAGCCCCGCCAUCCCCAAUAUCGAAGUCGCGCUCAUCUCCUCCGGAACGGUGCGUCAGUAUGUUCCCGACGGUACGCCCUGUCCAGAGCUCUCUUACGACUACGGGAUCAUGGGCUUGUGCCCCUCGACCUCCAACGACAAUGGCCCCAAUCUCAAAACCAAUCUCCUCAACCAAGGACGCAUUUCCGCAUCCGUGGCCUCGAUGUAUUUCUCGCCUCCGCCGGCCGACGCAUCGAUCACGUACAACUUUACCGGAACCCUACUCUUGGGUGCGCUUCCCCCUGCGGAUUCCUAUACCGGGGAACUCCUCCCCGUGCCCAUCACGACGGCGGCAGGCUCAAUCGGAUACUAUGUUUCCCAACCCAUUGUAUCGCACGCGAACACUUCGAUUCCCACCGAUUACCCAACCGAGACAUGUCUAGUGGACUCGGGAUCCCUGGCGCUCACUCUCCCGUACGCAAGUAACAACACUGCGUUUUUCGAAACUACCGGAUUGACGACUGACGGUUAUGAUAUCAUGUAUCCAUCGAACUGUGAAGAGAUCCCUCGUGAUCUCACGCUAGAUUUCGCGUUUACGGGCACGGGAAAUGCAUCCACGACUGUGAGCGUGCCGUAUAGGUAUUUGGCGAGGGGAUCGCCGGGUCCCGGGGGCGUCACGCCGGAGGGCAUGUGUAUAUUGAGUGUGGUAAUGGGGAGUGGGUGUACGUUUGGAGCGCCGUGGUUCUUGGGCGCGAGCGUGGGGGCGGAUGAUGGGGAGGGGGUGGUGUGGAUUGCGCAGGCGGUUUUGUAAUGGGAUGGGUGGAGAAGAUGAUUGGGAGAUGUGAUGGAGAGAAGAAGAUAUAGAGGAAGAUUGAGAUUGAGAUUGAGAUUGGGGAGCAGAUGGAUUGGAAAGAUGUCUCUUGAGACAUUGUUAUAGACCUUAAUUCAAAUCUAAUAGAUGUUGCUAGGUACUCUUUAUUUGGGGAUGGAAUUCUAGUUGAUGGGUGGUGGAGUCUUCAUUUGUUUUUACAUGUAUAUAAUCCUCCUUGAUUUAUGUUUGAUAAGGCUCCAGUGGCUCUCCGAGGGUUACAGGGUCAGAGGGCGGGGGAGGUGGAGAUGGAAGUGGAGGUGGAUUACCUGGCAAGAGAAGAUAAUACUUUUCAUAUGCUUUACAAGAUUAUAUCUCGAGCGUAGCGAGCUAAAGGGGGUUUGGGGGCUUGCCCCCAUAAUCUCCAUCCAGAAUAAAACAUGUCUGUAAAUAUUUAUAAUUUUACACUGCA